AUGAAUUCUCUGGCCGAGAGCCUGCUGGGACCGCCGGACCCGUCUAAAGCGGCUUUUCUGGACUUCGGGCUGGGCGCCCCGACUUCUCCUCACCAGCAGCCUCAGACCUCGCAGCCGCAGCAGCAUCCGACCACCUUGGCGGCCCCUUACUCGCUCCAAGCCUUGCACCCGCUGCCGCCGCCUCCGCAGCAGACCCCGCACGACGGCGGCGUCUUUCCUUCUCCUGCCGCCUCCUACGGCAGCAGACCCCUGGCCUAUCCCCCUUACCCCGGGGCGGCCGGUGGCAGUCCUCACGCCUUCUACCACCACCACCACCACGGCACCUCCUUCUCGACAUACCAGCAGACCUCGAGCACCCUGGGCCACGGGACGAGGCUGGAGGAGACGGAACUGGAGAAAUCAACCAUCAUAGAGAAUGGAGAAAUCCGUAUCAAUGGAAAAGGGAAGAAAAUACGGAAACCACGCACCAUUUAUUCUAGCCUUCAGCUCCAGGCCCUCAACCAGCGAUUCCAACAAACCCAAUAUCUGGCAUUACCUGAACGGGCAGAAUUAGCAGCACAGCUGGGCCUGACCCAAACACAGGUCAAGAUUUGGUUCCAGAACAAACGUUCCAAAUUCAAAAAGAUUAUGAAGCAGGGCUCCAGCAUCCAAGAAGAUAAUUUACAUAGCUCUUCAUCUCUGUCCCCAUGUUCACCCAACAUACCUCCUCUUUGGGACAUCCCCAUGGCAUGCAAAGGACCUCCUCUGCCUUCUAACACCUACAUCAACAGCUUUGGACCUUGGUACCAACAGCCACAACACCAAGAUGCCAUGGGAAGGCCUCCAGUCAUAUGA